AUGAACCGCGACACCGACUUCCCAGUACCCGGUACUGCUCUUAAGCUACAAGUGUCAUUCGUUGAAGGCAUUGCAGAGUUUAUACUUGUGUGGGGGAGCACUGCAUACCGGCGGGAUGAAUACCAGCGGCUGAAUAGCAAGAUACAAGAAAUCGCGGAGCAAAAAUCCGAGCCCGUUAAGGGGAAAGCUGUUCUAGGAGAAUGCUGUUUGGUGAAGGUUAGCAAUAAUUGGUUCCGCUGCAGAGUACUACACGGUCGUGUAGGCGAAUCCAGGGCGUUUCUGUUGGACAGGGGCUGCACUCUGUUAGUCGAGCCGCGCUGCCUUAGAGAGGCCUCGCCUGAACUUUUCCAACUACCCCCUCAAGUGCGGGCAUUUAUUCUGUGGAAUCUUGUGAGCAGAGCUAGUGAUAAUUGGACCGCACAGACCCUGACAGUCCUAAAUUCUAUGAAAAACCUUGAGGUAGUUGGUACAGUCAAAACACUACUUCCGCAAGGCCUGGUGCUUUUAGACCUGCCUGCGCUUAGUACGCAGCUGUUGGAGCUUGGACUAGCCAAAGUAUUACCCGAGUCAUCAUUCCGUGCUCUUCUUGACAAGUGUCUGUCCACAAAAGGGUACACCCUGCAGAAACCUGACAAUAUGUCCUUUCCACCUUUCACAAAUCUUACCCAUAGUGUGGAGGCACGAGUAACUCCACGCCCUUGGAACAUGGAUUAUUUCUACCCUCAGCUGCAGAUUGGAGUUACAGAGCCAGUGCUGGUCACACAGGUGACAGAUCCCCAGAGGAUCUUCUGCCAGUUGCGAAGUCUUUCUAAUGAGGUCCAGAGACUUUCAGAAAGCAUGUACCAUUAUUAUGAACUUCAGAGCAGCUGUGGGGAGCCAGACUUCUCUCGCCAGCCCUUGGUUUUGGGUCAGCCUUAUGCAUCUCGUGGCUCUGAUGGGCACUGGUACAGGUCACUUCUGCAGGAAUAUUUUCCAGACAAGCAACUUGCCUUGGUCAUCUAUGUAGACUGGGGUCGAAGAGAUGUUGUGCCUGUGAACUCUUUGCGUUUGCUAGUGGCUGAUUAUUUUCGCAUGCCUGUGGUGACAUUCCCCUGCUCACUGUAUGGUGUGUCAGAUGUAGGAAUUGGCUGGGAACCUUCACAGAUCUUUGAACUUCGGUCUUUGUUGCAGGGGAGACACUUUAAUGCUAAAAUAGAGUUUUAUAACCCAUAUGAGCAUGCAUAUGUUAUUACACUGUUUGGAGAGGAUGGAUUAAAUUUAAAUUGUUUUUACGGUAUGCAAGCACAAUCUUUGCGUAAAGAUAACAAACCAAAAGCAGAAAAUCUAGUUUCAUAUCCAGCAGUGGAAAACACAGCCAAGGAAGACCCAUCUAAAGCAAAAAUAAUUCCCCCCCAAAAAAUUAUUCCAAACAUUUCGAUUGUCCAACUAAAGGUAUCAACAUUCUAUGAUGCUUUAGUAGAGUAUGUGCAUGAUCCCUCCAAUUUUUGGAUCAGGACUGCAGAAAAUGCUACAAAAUAUUGUGAAAUGAUGGAGGCUAUUAAAAAUUUGUACUCUCAAGGAUCUAAGCUGGAUGGCAUUAUAACAAAGCCUCAGAAGGGACAGUUGUGCUGCACUAAGUUCAAAGAUGAUCAGUAUUACCGUGCUGCAGUUUUGUGCACACAUGGAAAAUUAGUGGACGUGUAUUUUAUUGACCAUGGCAAUACAGAGAUGGUAGAUUGGUAUAAUAUUAAAGAGUUACCUGCAGCAUUUAAAGAAAUGCCAGGCUUGGCUAUUCAUUGCUGUCUGGCAGACUUGUUUCCUCUAGGAGAAAGCUGGAGUCAGGAAGCUGUCCUUGCCUUUAAAGUGGCUGUUGUAGAUAAGAAACUUGUUGUUUAUGUAGUUUCCAAAGAGGCUGAUAAAUACAUCAUAGACCUUCUGGAUCAUUCCAGAAUAGAAGAGCGAAAUGUAGGUAAAAUAUUGGCAGCUUCUGGGCAUGCUAAAUAUGAAGAAUCGGAUAUUGUUAGUGCUGAAGUUCAGUUUCCUCAUAUUGUACCCACUUCAAAAACUGGCAUUACUCCAAAUAUUCAGACAAUAUUAGAUCAUGUUGGUGUAGAUAAGAAGUCUUUUUGCAAAAACAAAGAAACUCCUGUUCAUGUAAUGAAAAAUAAUGCUGAUCAUGUAAUGCACUCUCCAUAUAAAGAACAAUUAUUUGAGCCAGGUACUACAAUAAGUGUUGUUGUGUCUUCUAUAGAUAGUCCUGGUGUCUUUUGGUGUCAAAAUGCUUUACAUAUGUAUGAGCUGAAAUUGUUAAUGGUUGAUAUUCAAGAGUAUUGCACAAUUUCAAAUUGUCCUUAUGAAUGCAGUACCCCUGCCUGUAUUGCAAAGUGUUCAAGUGACGGGAAAUGGUACAGAGCAUUGAUAACUGGAUCCCCCUCUGCUACUCCUAAUCAAGAAACAGUUGAAGUUUUUUUAGUUGAUUAUGGAAGAAAGAAAAAUGUUCCAGUACAAGAUCUCCGCUCUAUAAAGGGGGGUUUGUUGCAGGUAAAAUCCUUUGCAUUUAAGUGCAGUCUUUAUAACUUAAUUAGUCCACUAAAUAGCAAUCCUUUAAAUUGGAGCAAAAGUGUAACUACUGUUUUUCAAGAAUUUGUUAACAAAUCUUCAAAAAAUUUGCCAGAAUUUUAUUGCACUGUUUUUGGUCAAGCAUCCUUGCAUGAAGAACGGUUCAAUAUUGUUGACCUAUUCACUCCAUUUAAAAGCAUUUGCUGUUUACUAGUAGAAACAGGAUUUGCUUUACAUUUGGCACACAAAAAUUUGAUACCAUCGGUGCAGCUACAUUCUUUCUAUUAUUCAAUGCAUGACAUUAAAACAGGUAGUGAAGAAGAAAUUUAUAUCACUCAUGUUAACUCUUCUUUGGAAUUUUUCUGCCAACUUUCCAAAAAUGUAGACACUGUUAACUUAAUUUCUUCUGCCAUUGCUAAGGUAUGCAAGAAAGCAAAACAGUCAAAAGCUUGUGAAAAAACUGUGCCACUGUGUCUUGCAAAGUUUACUGACAAACAGUGGUAUCGUGGAUUUGUUGCAUCUCGAGGGCCUCAAACAGAAGUGUUUUUUGUAGAUUUUGGAAAUACUGAAAAAAUGUUAAAGGAAGACUUAAUUCCUAUUCCAAGUGAUGCAUACGAAUUGCUUCUAUCUCCAAUGCAAGCGAUAAAAUGCUCUCUUUCAGAUGUUCCUCAAAAUGUCCCAGAUGAGGUUGUGUCUUGGUUUGAAAAUACUGUCCUGGAUAAAGCCUUAAAGGCUUUAGUGGUUGCCAAAGAAUCGGAUGGGAAGCUAAUUAUUGAGCUUUAUGAUGGUAAUCUGCAAAUUAAUGCAAAGCUCAAAACCAAGUUGGGAGUGGAUCAAAAGAAUACUACAAAUUCUCAGUCAGUUGUCCUGUCCAGCUUUGGUGUGAGAGAUCAGAAGAAAACUGUAAAUUCUCAGACAUUUGACCCCUCCAUCAGAAUAAGAAAGGAUUCAGGAAAGCAUUUGAGUUAUGAAAGUAAAGAUUCAAAGUCUCUUGAGGUGCGCUGCCAGCAAACCAAGCAAUCUACAGUUUUGCAGUCUGUUUUUCAAAGUGACCAAUUGCCCCAGAAAAUGGCAAAGCAUAGUAAUAUAAGCAAAGAAUUUCCUUGUGAAAGAAAGCAAAAUUUGGAUAGAAAAGUUACAAAGAAACCUUCAAGGUUUGAGGAGAGAAAUAAUCACAAGGCAAUUCCUCAACUUCACAAAUUAAGUGACUUGCCCAAGAGGGAGAUAUUUUCAGGCUCACAAGUACUGGUAUAUGUUUCCCACAUCAACUCAAUAUAUGACUUUUAUGUUCAAGUAGCAGAAGAUUCACAGCUUGAUCAUAUCUCUGAUAUAUUAAAUAGUGAUAAGAGAUCAUCUGAGGCACUUGAUGAAAAAGAUGUUAAUUUGGGAGAUUUGCUUUGUGCUUUUUUUGAGGACGAUGAGUACUAUUAUCGUGCUGUUGUUACAGAAAAACUUUCCAAUAGAUUACGUGUUGAAUACAUUGAUUAUGGCAAUACUUCAAUAAUAAAUGCUAACAAAACCUACAUGCUGGAAAGCAGUUUAUUAUCUAUUCCUUCAAUGAGUAUCCAUUGUUAUCUAAGUGGUAUUGAUUGUUCAAAAAAUGUGUCAUGUGCAGAUGAAUUGCUUCAGAAGUUUAAUGAAAAAACAAGAGAGAACCAGUUGAACUGUGAAUUUGUAAAAGAGGAUAAACUUAAAUGGGAGAUUAUUCUUCAUGAUCAAGACUGCUGCAUAAAUAAUUUAUUAACUUCUUCCUUUGAAAACCCUUUAGAACAGUUUGAAAAAUUGUGUUUAAAUGAUGCUGAAAAGACAAUUAAAGAGGAAGAAAUAACAUGCUUUCAGUGGAUGUUACCACAAAUUGGUGAAACUGUAAAAGCUUAUGCUAGUUCCGUUGAUGGCCCUGAAUACUUCUGGUGUCAGUUGGUCACAUCUGAAAUUGACUCAUUGGCAAUCAAAGUACAGGAGGCUGGGGAGCUUUCAAGUACUGAUAUCAAUCUAGAUUUGAAUAUUGAAAUUGGCAGCCCUUGUAAUGUAAAAUAUAGUGAGGAUGAUAACUGGUACAGGGCUGUUGUUACUAAAAUUGAGGCAGAUAUUGUAACUGUGAGGUUUAUUGACUAUGGAAAUGAGGACACUGUACAUAAGGAACGUGUUCAAAAACUUCCCAAUCGGCUAUUGACAAUACCCCCACAAGCGUUCCCCUGCUGUCUUUCUGGAUUUGACUUUUUAGAAGGCUGCUGGAAUUCAGAAGGACUCUCAUUCUUCUGUGACAAAGUAACUGAAGAUAUUUUGGAGAUCAUGUUACUUAAAAUUCAAGAAAAUAUAGUAUGCAAAAUGCCUUUGGUGUAUGUUAACAUACAAUAUAAUGGAAUGUCUAUUAAUGAUGAAAUGGCACAAUUCUGGGAAGUAAAACAAAAAGCAUCAACAUUUGUAGGAGAAACGUCAUCAGACCUAAAAACACCCCUUGAGGUGGAUAUUGGAUUAGAAAAAGAAUGUGUUAUAAAUUUGGGACAAGAGAAUGGAUUACAGGAAUCUAUAAAUGCCAAAGAGGAGGUUUCAGAAGAUCUAAAUAUUGUUGAAACUAUGCCAACAGAAGAGAAAUUUAAUUCAAGUGAAAAUUUGGAGGAACAGGUCCUGAAAAUAAAAAUUGAUACCUUUUCUGAAAGGGCUACAUUGAAUUCAAGCCAGAAUUCUCUGCAAAACAAUGUUAGUCCUUCAGAGACAGAUCAUCCUGUUGCUCAGACUUCAGAAGAAAGCGGUACAAAUAUGGAUUGUCUUGUGACCUUUGACAAGGAAAUGAAAAACGGUGACUAUGGAGAAUUUGCUGAUGAAAAUUAUGUUGCAGUCUCUGAUGAGCUUACAGAUAUUUAUAAAGAGCCUAGAGACGAGUAUUGUUAUGAAGACGAUCAGCAGGAUGAUCUUCAAGCCAUCCCAGAUCAAACACAUAAAGUUCUUGAUUCACAGGAUGACAAUUUGCAAGAGCCAGCAUCUGAUAAUAUGGAUCUUUGUGACCCAGAAGAUGAAAUGAAAGUUGACGUAAGCAAAAUUCAAAGCUGGGUUGAAGGUGUGCCAUUUGAAGUCCUGAAGAUGGCACAAUCCAACAAACGGAAACCAAAGCCGGUAGGUGGCCCUAAAAGGACUGUGGUGGACCAUUUCAAUCCUAUGAUAUUAUCUACAAAUGAAGAUUCACAAGAUAGCACUAAUACCUCAACACAUGGAUCAGAUUUAGUAUCCAAUACCCUCCAAGCCCUCCAAGAUGCUGCCCCAACAACUGUGACACCUUCGUUUAUUUUAUCAUCUUUGCAAACUUUGCUUGAGGCACAUCACUCCUCUUUUCAGUCCCAAAUAACUGCCUCGCUGGCUGAGAUGCGGCGAGAUUUGACAUCUACUUCUGAAAGAGUGGACACAAUUGAGAGGAAACAGGAAGACAUGAUAGUUGAACAGGGUAAUGUCCUAGCAUAUGCCCAGAGUUUGGCGGAACAACUUAUUAUGCUAGAAGUGGCGGAUGCUGAAAACCGAUCCCGCCGGAAUAAUCUACGCCUCAGGGGGAUCCCUGAAAGCAUAUCCUCUAGUGACUUGGUCACCCACCUUUCUGAAUUUUUCAAUCAUCUGGCACCACCGGCAAAUCCAAAUGAGGAACUUCAACGAGCGGCAACAUGGCGCUUGCAUCCUCACUUGUUUUCCAAUCCUGGAACGGAGGCUUCCAUUACUGAAGACAUUACCGAGUUUCUAGCUUCUAAUGACAAUGGUGAAGUUGACGACUUCACUUUAUGGGCUGCACUGAAAGCAUAUAUCCGAGGGUCGUUUAUAAAAAUAGCAGCAGCCGAGAAAAAGCGAAAAGGAGAAACCCUUGCACAACUUACUAUGAGCCUCCGAAAGAUUUCUGGGGAACAUAAAAUGAACCCCACAGAUACUGUCCAAGCAACUAGUGGAUCUUAA